CCCUCCCGGAAUAAUUAUAAUACAGUAUUCACAUUGGAACGCCGCUAUCAUUUUGUACCGAGUGAUAUAUAGUAUCCUAUGUGGGUGGAAUAUAAAUGAAAUUAGAGACGCCGUGGCGACGUGCGCGCUGUCGCUCAGAAGAUCAUUAACACUGCGGUGCACACUUGCACUUGGGCUAAUUCUAAAUUACUAGUCAUGCUACCUUUUUAAAUUAUGAAUUUUACCCGAACAACAUGUUUAUCUUUCCUGUUGAAAUGUUACAAUUAGAUUAGGGGUGAACCAGUUGCAACACGAGAAUGCAGUUUUUAGUUUUUUUUUUUUUCCGUUUUUUUAAAUUUAAAGUUCCCCCAUUCAACAAGAAAAUCACGUUUGGGCUAACAAUAUUCUUGGUGUGAAACCUCAGAAAGAUUCCAGUGUAGUAAUAAGUAACUCGGAGUUUUAACGAUUCAUUAUUUUAUGAUCAAUUCAGUGGGAUGUGUGGGAAGAAGGACUGAGAGAUAUUUUUGGGAAUAUUCACCAUACAGCUUCUCUGCCAGCUUCACAAAAUUUCCUGGUGAGUUGCCUGACUGACGACAAGCUGCUGCAGUCAUGUAUGAGGAUCUGUCACCUUUGGACUGCUUGCUGCCCUCAGGGAAACAGAGAAUUGCUCUGAUCAUCUUGAACCAGCCUUUGGAUAAAGACUACCUUCACAUUCUGUGGAGUAAAGCUCUUUUGACUGCAUGUGCCGAUGGUGCUGCCAAUCAUCUGUAUAACGUCACAUCUGGAGAAAGUGACAUCUUCCGCCCUGACUAUAUCAGCGGUGAUUUCGAUUCCAUUACUCCUGAGGUGCGAGAUUUCUAUGCCAACAAGGGGUCCCGGCUUAUAGAAACAAGUGACCAAGAUCUUACAGACUACACUAAGUGUCUAGUCAUCAUGGUGGAGGAGAUUCAACAAAGGAAUUUGCAGGUGGAUGCCAUUGUGACACUGGGCGGGUUGGCGGGCAGAUUUGACCAGACGAUGGCCACUGUUGAGACCCUCCAUCACGCUCUGUCUAUGACACAACUCCCACUGUUCGUCAUCCAGGAGACCAACCUGGCCUUUCUACUCAAACCUGGCAACCACACAAUCAGGGUGAACACAGGCCUGGAGGGGGAUUGGUGCAGCCUUAUUCCGGUUGGAGGACCCUGUCAAACAACCACCACAGGACUUAAAUGGAACCUGAAUAACCAGGUUCUGCAGUUCGGGAAGCUGGUGAGCACCUCCAACACCUAUGAGUCAACUUCCCCCGGGCAACCGAGGAAGUGUGUAACAGUCACCACAGAUCAGCCUUUGCUUUGGAGCAUGGGGAUCCUUCGAGGACUCUGAUGAACAUUUUCUAUUUUCUAUAGCACUUGUCCUCAUUGGAAUCACCAAUGAACUGAAGUCUGUCCCAGCUGGCGGGUGGAGCCAUGACUGAUUGGUAGCUAAUAACAGGACCGCACUGUUUGCAAACAAUAACAAUACCUUGAUUUUAUGCCUAUAUUUUUUUUUAAAUGAGAUAUUUUCCUAGUGAAAUUAAAAUAGCUGGCUUUUCUUUGUUGUGUUAAUCAUGAGCCGACCAACCUCGUGGAAACCUCUUUUUUGAUGUUUUACUUUUACCCUCAUAUCAGUCAAUGGAAGCAAGGAAUUACCUCAGCUUCCAUCAUCUAUUCGACACCACCUGUCCUCAUUUGGUCGCAGGGGAAGGUGAGAAAACCCGCACAAACAAGAAGAAAAUGCAAACUUCAGACAAGGGAGCCCGAGCUGAGAUUUAGACCCAAAAACCUCACAACUGCGAUGCUGAUGUGCUAACCACUCCAGUGUGCUUCCUGAACAAAUGUUAUUAAUGUAACACAAUAUCCUCAGAAGCUUUGCGAUUUGUUCUUUAGUGCUUC